AUGACGCAUCGACUAGGCGGAAAACGUUACUCCUCCACCGUCACAUUCUUCUCUAAUUCAACUUUGAAUCGCAAUGGCGACAUCCGUGCUCAGCAAGACCAGCUAAAGACCAAAUUUCAAACUGCAUCUAUAUUGGUAUUCAAGAAUGGAAAACCUCUCCUGUCUCGUGCAUCUGGGAAGACGGCAUUGGGAUUCAUCCCAUCACACAGCUUCAGUAGUAGUUUCUCCCAGCCGCUGAAUCCCGUCUAUCUCGGAGAUCGUGACAAUGUGCCAAUAUUUGCCAUUGAUGCAGACAUGCCCUCUAUAGAUGAAGUGGCCAAAUCAAAAGGAUUUGAAUAUGUGGAUAUGAGGCCGGCCUGUUUCCAACUACCCAAGGAUGAAGCUGCGAUUCUCGCACAAGGACGUUCUCUAACCGAUUGGAAUGCUCGAAACAAGUUCUGUCCAGCAUGUGGAAGCCCAACACAUUCAAUAUCAGGAGGCUACGCCAAACAAUGCUCAAACUCACACUGUAUCUCGCGGAAGACCACCCAAAACUAUUCCCAUGUGCGAACAGAUCCUGUUAUCAUAACGGGAAUCAUAUCGCCGGACUCGAAAUCCAUGUUAUUGGGACGCCAAAAAGUGUGGACGAAGGGACUGUAUUCAUGUAUAGCUGGUUUUAUUGAGGCUGGCGAAUCGCUGGAAGAUGCUGUGAGGAGAGAAGCCUAUGAAGAGACUGGGACCACUGUAGGUCAAGUGCGAUACCACCUAUCACAACCAUGGCCGUUUCCAAAUUCACUGAUGCUGGGAUGCUAUGCUCAAGUGGAUUCUUUAAGUGAGAUAUCGCUGGUCGACAAGGAGCUGGAAGAUGCUAAAUGGUUCACGAAAGAUGAAAUUACUGAUACAAUAAGGAAACAAACCCCAGGUCGUGACAUCAAGACUGAAGGUGCUGGUCAUUCCAAUACCAACACACUGCUGAUACCAACAGACUAUGCUAUAGCGCAUCAGCUAAUUAAAGCUUGGGUAGAAGGGUUUAAACCGUUCUAA